AUGCAAUUUGAAAUCAUCGAGUUAGCAACUAAUGACUUACUCAGGAAAGCUUUCCAAGAAUGCCACAAGAAAGGCAAUGUGCGAGAUUCUCCUUUAGAAAACCUCGAUUUUUUUGAAGGAGACAUAGUCGGUAUCGAUCCAAAUUUGGACAGAAAUGCAAUUCCAACGGAUGCUCAGCGAUGGCCCAAUGGACGUAUACCUUAUCAAAUGGAUCCUUAUACACAUUACGAUGACAAGCAGAUGGCAAUGAUUAAGAAAGCAAUGGCUGAAUACGAAGAAAAAACGUGCCUCUAUUUCGAAGAAAAACAAGAGGAUGAAAAAGAUUUCGUGCUGAUAUUUGCCGGAAGAGGGUGCUACUCAAAAGUAGGAAAGAUAGGAGGAAUUCAGGUAUUGUCUUUCGGUACCGGAUGCUUCCAGCACCCAACUCUAGUUCAUGAGCUCGGUCACACAAUUGGGUUUUAUCACGAGCACACGCGAUCGGACAGAGACGACUAUAUUGACAUUCACUGGAAUGCCAUCAUGAAUUCUGCAAAGGACCAAUUCCAGAAGUUGAAACCGAUGGAAAACAGAUUGUUGGAUGAUUUUGACUAUGAUUCAAUUAUGCUCUACGGAGAAAGAACAUUCUCAAAAGAUGGAUGGACGAAGACUAUGACAGCAAAAGAAAAGGGAGUUAAGCUUCUGGACGUUUAUGACAAAAAAGGUUUGAGUAGCAGCGAUGUGAAAAGAAUUAAAAAGCUUUAUGAAUGUAAGGAAUAAAGUAAACUUUUAAA